UUUACACCUGGUAAAUACAUUUAGCACCCAACUGCUUGAGGAGAAAGGGGGACUGGGAGAACUAGAGAGCUUACCAUGAACCCCAGGAGCUUGCUGUGAUGUCACUGCAAGACCCGGUGUGAGCGUGGGUGGUGCGAGAGCUCCAAGAGUGAGUGGGGAGCAGUGAAAGGGAUGUGGCUGCCAGAGAAGCAGCCAGCCGCGCUCACUGCCUCACUGCUGCGGGCGGGCGACCAGCUCUCUAAAGGCAAGCCUCCAGAGUGCGGAAUGGACUCCCCGAAAGAAAUGGAUGGAUUUGAAUGGCAGAGGACAGAGGGUAAACUGAAUGAAAUCGGGCUGAGUGUCAGCAUGGAUGGGCAGCUGAAAGACGGGCUUGGGAAGAAUUCCAGCUUCCUGGAACAGAAUAAACUCGGCUUUAUUGAGGGGAAGCCAGACAAAGAACUUAACAUUGAAAAGCCUAACAAGGCGUAUCAAGCAACCUCCAGUCACCUUGAGAGCAGGUAUGUGAUUUCAGGAACCUGCCAGCCCUCGGAGGGGUACUUAGUACACCAGAAGGCAGCUGAGUUCCACCUGGGACUCUCAGAAGGGCAAGACAAAGCCACUACAGUUCCGGGGAAGGCGGCAGCGGAGAGUGGACUAGACAUGAAGACCCAGCCGGAGCUAAGCUCUCCCAGGGCUGCUGACACUCUCGCUCAGCACAGUGAGGAACAAGAAACCAGUGCUGGGAACCCCAACUUUUACUCAGUGACUCAGAGCCCUCAGACCUCAAUGGCUGCAACUCCGGGAAAAGAGAGGAAUGGCCUUGUUUCCAGCUUCUCGGUGAUUGGGGUGAUGGAUGAUAACUCUGGGCAGCUUAAUAAGUCCCCAUUACUGGUGGCUAUCACCCACCCAGACCCAACUAGUGAGCAUAUGCCCACCACCAGCCCACCAGUCACUGUGGUGGGAUUCACUCAGGAAAAUUUGAAUGCAGACUUUCAUAGCCCUGGCCAGGAUAAGGAGUUGGAGAAAUUAAGUUGUACCAAGGAGGGGCCUAUGCAUGACCAAGUCCCCCAGCAGAAGAAGGCAAUCCGAAGAGCCCUGUCUGAGUCUUACCAUCUCUCAGUGCCCCCAGCUGUGAAUCUUGCUGAUAAGUACCCUGAACUGCCUGCCCGAGAGGAGCUUCCUUCUGGCCUGCUGCCUCCCACCAGUAACCCAGUGCCAAGCCCUAUGCCUAGGAAGCUGGGAGUGCCUGCUGUGAGGCGCUCCAUGACAGUGGCUGAGGACCAGUCAGUUAGCUGCAGGUGGAGUGCUGGGGAACUGCCCAGCCUGUCUGCCUCUCAGGUACCUACUCCUCUACCCUUCGAGGAAUCAGUAGCCAAGGAGAGAGAAGAACUGAUCCACUUCAGCAAUGACAGCGACAGCUCUGGGAAGAAGGAACUGGGCAUUGCCGGGCUGUAUCUCCACAGUAAUCUGGAACAGAUUCCCGAAGGAAGCAGCAAGGAAAAGGGGCAGGAAGAUGCUGGUGGGACAAGAGUUGAUUCAUGUCCCUUCAUCUGCCAGGGAGGUGAGAAACAGCUUAUGGCACUGGCAGGGAAGAAAGAAAUUGAGGUCAGUGCAACCCGUAGCACUCCAUCGUUGCUGUGCAAAGAGACCCCACGUGAUGGUAUGUUUCUAAAUUUUGCCUCCACUGGGAACUGGCAGACAGUGAGGAAGAAGCCAAAGUGAUAGAUUACGACAGGAGCAUCAGCAGCUUGCUACUCCUGGAGGCUGGGGCUGCCUCUGGGAAGGCUUAAUUCCCUUGGUAGAAGCAUUCUGGGAAUGAGGCAGGAGAACAAAGUGAAUCUGGCUGAGUCAAGCUGAAUGCUUCUCUGUGGAUGCUGGCUGGCUGGCUGGGUUGGCGAGGGGUGGGGGCAGAAGUGGUGGGCAUUAAAAACUAGGGCUGCUUAACC